AUGGCAAAUCAAGGUCAGACUCUAUUGCACCAGGUUGCGGGGAUGGAUUAUUAUGAUGGAGGCAAUCAGCUUGGUGUUGUGUUUCAACUUCAGGACGAGCUACGUUGGUUCGAACGAGUGAAGAGAAUAGUACCUUCUCCUUACCAGUUAUAUUGCAACGACAAUUACUUAACAGUAAGAGAGCUUUUUGAUUUAGAGCAUUUAGAAAUGCUAAAGGAAGCCCAAGAAUGGAUCAAGGGGACAGCUCAAUCCUGCUCCGCCGUGUUAGUCCUUCUCGCCACCAUGGUUUUCGCUGCGGCCUACACUGUCCCAGGCGGCACCGACGACAAUGGUGUCCCCGUCCUUCUCGACUCUCCACUCUUCCUCUUCUUCACUAUCAUGGACGUCGUAGGGCUCGCAAGCUCUCUAAUCUCAGUGAUGAUGUUCCUCUCAAUCCUUACAUCGCCGUUUCAGAUGCAAGAGUUCUAUAAAUCUCUGCCUAGAAAACUCACAAUAGGCUUCACGUUAUUGUUCAUAUCGUUGACCACCACGUUGCUGGCUUUCGGGUCAACCAUUUUGCUAAUGAUUAGGAUGGAGAACAAGAGAUGGAGUUAA